UCAUGAGAUGGGAACGAAAGACCUACCAGCUAUGAUCGAUUACGUACUUAAUUACACAAAGCAGAAAAGUCUACACUACAUCGGUUUGUCGAUGGGAACUACUAUGUUCUUCGUUUUACUAUCCAUGAGGCCCGAAUACAAUGCAAAAAUAGAAUUAGGAAUCUGCCUUGGUCCGAUCGCUAUUUGGAAAGAAAUAUCUCCUGCAUACCAAUUCUUUCAAAGUCAAAAACAAAUUGUUAGGGAAUUUUUUGAUAUUAAUGCAAUAUAUGAUAUGUUCCCCUUAUCAUCAAAAAGCAUUACAAUGAGAAGAACACUGUGUACAGAUGAGGCAAUUACUCAGAACGUCUGUGUUGCGAUAAUAUUUCUAAUGAGCGGUUCCGAUCCAGCACAACUUAAUACUACAAUUUUACCAAAAAUGGUAUCGUAUUUUCCGGACGGAUUAUCCAUGCAAACAUUAUUUCAUUAUUUUCAAAAUAUGAUGACAGAUAAAUUUCAAGCGUAUGACUAUGGACAUUUGGGCAAUUACAAACAUUAUGGACAGAUGACCCCUAUUACGUAUGAUCUUAAAAAAGUUACCGCUCCCUUGGCUUUAUAUUACGGUGCUAAUGAUUUGAUUGCUCCAAAGUCGAAUGUUCUCGAGAUAUAUAAACACUUGCCAAAUGUUAUUCUGUUGGAAGAUCGG